CCUUGGCGAAAGGGGCGGGGGUACGCCGGGAGUUCCGGUCAGAGUUGACACUGAGUUUUGAAAUUCCAACAUGCCGCUUCAGUUUUGCGGCUGAGGUUUCAAAGUCGCGCAGCCAAGCGAGCCAGUUUGCGCGACUGCUUCAGCGAAACCAUCUCAGACGUCUUCUCUUGGACGAGAGGCGGCCCAGCGGCCAAGUCGAUUGGCCGUGACAAGUGUGACUGAGGCGUUCUGAGAGAGCGCGAGGGGGACGCGCCAUGUCCGCCGUCUGCUUGCGCCACCUGCCGCUGUACGGGCUCCGAGCGUGGGCAGGAGGCGGUGGGCUCUGGGCUUGGGCGAGCCAGGCCAGGCCUUACUGCUCAGGUGGGAGCCCGCGCCGGCCUCUGAAGGAGUGGACGCUGCUGGUGAGCCCGUUCGGUCGGCUGCGGGCGCGGCUCCCUUGCCACCUGGCCGUGAGGCCCCUGGACCCCCUGGUCUACCCGGAUGGGGACCGCGUGCUGGUGGCCGUGUGCGGCGCGGAGGGCGGCGCGCGGGGCCUGGCCGGGCUGCGGGUCAAGUACGACGAGGCCCUGGAGGAGCUGGCCAUCGUGGCCGACACCCUCGACCCCGGGGCGUCGGUGGAAGUGAACGUGCCCCUCAAGUUCGAUUUGAAUAUCAAGUCAUCUGGGUCUGGCUGUGUAAAAGUCCAAAAUAUUGAGUGUGAUCAUUGCGAAAUCCAAACCGACCAGGGCAGUAGCAUCUUACAAUCUGUUAAGAGUCAAAAAUUACAUGUCCAAACAAAAGGAGGCAAAGUGAUGUGUCUGGGAACCGUCUACGGGAAUAUAAAUAUUCAUACGUCAGAUAAAAGUACUGUGACCGUAGAUAAACUGCAGGGAAGUUCUGUGAAUAUUUCUACUGAAGAUGGGUUACUGAAAGCCAAGUAUCUCUACACAGAGUCGUCGUUUCUGUCUUCUGCUGCUGGCGAUAUUGCCUUAGGAAGCAUUCAUGGUGAUAUAACAUUACAAAGCAAGAUGGGUAACAUCACUGUAGAUUCAUCCUCUGGAUGUCUAAAAGCUUCAACUCAUCAGGGUGCCAUAGAUGUUUAUGUGAGCCAACUGGGGAAAGUGGAAUUGAAAUCCCAUGAAGGCUCUAUUACUGUCAAGGUCCCACCUUCUCUCCAAGCUCACGUGGAGUUAUCAGGGAAAGAGGUGGACAUGAGCUCAGAAGUCUGUGUUCAGGAAAUGGCUGAAGCUCAGAGCGACUCCUGCGUGACAGUCACUGGAUUCAUGAAUCAAGCAAGCCAACAUGAAAGACGGAUUAAUGCAGAUGCCCCAAAAGGCACUGUCAGUUUGAGAAGUCAAAGCUGGUUCCAGUCCCUGAAACUGUCGGACUAAGAAUGGCUUGAAUUGUAUUUAUGAUUUUUCACAAUGAUUAGCAGAUGUGUGACCACAAAAAUGCAAAUACCGGAGUGGGUGUUGUGGCACCGCUGGUUAAGCUGCUGCUUGGAACACCGGCAUCCCAUAUCAGAGCACAGGUUCAAGUCCCAGCUGCCCCACUUACGAUCCAGCUCCCUGCUAACAGUGUACCUGGGAAGUAACAGUGAUGGCGAAAGUGUUCAAGUUCCUGAUUCACCUGGGAGACCUGGAUGAAGCCCCUGGCUGCUGCGGCCAUUUGGGGAGUGAACCAGUGGAUGGAAGAUAGUUUCUCUUGUGGGAGGCAGGGCCCGUCUCCCACACAUGGCGCCGAGAGAGAUACCAUCCUAGCUUGACAAGGCUGGCGAAUACUUAGAGCAACAACAGUGGAGACGAGUGGGGCGACAAUUGCGCGCAGCUGGGGAAUCGGAGCCUCGCCCCCGAGAGAGAUCGAGCAGGGCACGGAUUGGUGGGAGAGGACUAUAAAGGGGGAUAGAGAUGGCACAGUUCGUUCGUUUGCUCCUUUUUUCUUCUCUUUACUGUAAUAAAAACCCUACUGAAGGGGGAUCAACAGCGUCCGGUGUCGUUCAUCCGCGGGCGGAGGAGCAACAUCUCUCUCUCUCUGCCUUUCAAAUAAACACAUAAAUAAAUACUUUUUUAAAAAAAAUACAAGUCCAUAUAAUGUUAAAAACAGCAAACUGGGAAUGAAUAUUGAUGAACUGUUAUUUUUGGCGGGGGGCUUUUUCAAAUUCUGUGCUCCACUAUUGUGCUCAAGUUCUAUCCCCUGAAGCAAAUUACAGUUGUCCCCUUUUAUCCACGGGGAUUAUCUUCCAAGGCCCCUGGUGGAUGCCUGAAACCAAGGACAGUGCCGAUCCCUACGUGUACUAUGCUUUUUCUAUCCAGACGACAUAAAUGUAUUGCCUUUUUCAUCUUUAUUAAGCACUCAGCACACACUGUGGCUGUUCCAGACUUCUGCAGCUUGAGGUACAACUAGCAGAACUAGGAUGAGUUUCCUUUUUCCUUCUUUGUACUUUCACGGGUAGAAGAUGCAUUCUCACCAUAGAUGUUAGCAACUUUUGUGAGAACUUUCACCUUUUCACUUGAAACAAGCACGGCAAAGCUCUUGUUUGGCAUCCCCAAAUGACCAACAUCACUGCUUUUCAUACUAUUGGGUCAUUAUCAAAUAAGUAAAGGUUACUUGAACACAGGCACUGCUAUGCGGGGAUAGUGGGUCUCUGACCAAGACAGCCACUAAGUGUCUAGCGGGCAGGCUACGCGGGACCCAGGGCUGGUUCACGUCCUGGGCAGGACAGGGCGGGGUGGCAUGACACUGCUUGGAAGUAUGGAAAGUAAACCCUGAACUACUACACCAUAAACUUAGCAGCUUACAAUCUUGCCCAUUUAUCAGUUCACAGUUCUGUAGGUCAAGAGCCCAGCGUGGCCAGGCUCCCUGCUGAGAUUAUUACAAGACUGAAAUUGUCAUAUGGGCCAGGCUGAGUUCCCGUCUAUAGACUUGGGGGAGAAAUCCGCUUCCACAGUCAUUCAGCUUAUUGGCAAAUUCCUGGUAUUUGUGACUGGACAAUUUCAUAGCCUAAUGUAUAAAGAUUGAUUGUUCCCAUUAUAAAGAUCUACUUAAUAAAGUUAUUUUAUAAAUCCCA